AUGGUACAUGUUCAUAAAGCCGGUCUUGUUGGUCUCCUCGAGAUGAUAGUUAAGGCUCCAAAACUUGGGGCCUUGUAUGUAAAUAUGUUUAAGGGAUGGUGUUUCACAUCUAACAUAUCUUGGCAUGAUGGAGGUCAAAAUAUCGUGGCAUGGAAUCCUUGUAGCUUCUCGGUGAACAAACUCAAAUGUACAAGCCAACUUAUCCAUCUUCAAGUAUCAACUUUGUAUGGUGAGGUCAGCUUCUUUACUACCUUUGUGUAUGCUUUCAAUGAGAUAGAAGGUAGAAAGGAAUUAUGGGCAGAUUUAAAGUUGCUAGCCACCCAAGAACCAUGGAUGGUUUUGGGAGACUUUAAUGAAAUAUUGUUUAAGGAGGAAAGGGUGGGAAAAAGAGUUAAAUUUUUGGCAGCAAAUGAUUUUAUGGACUGUGUUAAGGCUUGUCAAAUAGAGGAUAUCAAGUAUAGUGGGAGUUAUUAUACUUGGAAUAACAAACGACAAGGAAAUGAGAGGAUUUACUCAAAGAUUGCUCGGGUUCUUGCUAACCAACGGUGGAUGGACAGUUUUACAAUAUCAGAAGCAUUGUUUUUAGCAGAAAAACUCUUUGAUCAUACCCCUGCAAUUAUCUCUUUGUAUCAUGAAACACUUAAUGGGAAAAAACCCUUUAAGUAUUUCAUGUGGACUUCUCAUCUACGAUACUCUGAGAUAGUUAAAGGUGUUUGUAAUCAAAGAGUGAAAGCUAAGCUAAGUUGGGUUACAAAUGGAGAUGAUAAUACAUCUGUUUUUCAUGCUAUCAUCAAAGAGAGGAGAAGAGCAAACAACAUCCUAUCAAUUGAAGAUCAAAGAGGAGUAAGAACAGAUAAUCCAGGGGAAAUUUUUGAGGCCUUUCUUUCAUUUUAUUACAGUUUACUCAGUUCUAAAAUGGAAAACAAGUCCAAGAUCAAGGCAGGAGUUAUGAAACUUGGUCCUCUUGUCUCUAAAUCUCAGGCAGAAUUCUUGAUGAAGGAGUUCUUCAAAGAAGAUGUUAAGAAGGUUGUUUUUUCAAUUCCUGUUGUGAAGGCUUCUGGUCCAGAUGGCUUUACUAGUUGCUUCUUCCAAGACAAUUGGGAUUUAAUUGGAGAUGACAUUUUAGAGGCUAUCCUCUCUUUUUUGCAUACAGGUCAGAUCCUUAAAGAAAUUAACACUACUGUUUUAACACUUAUCCCCAAAUGUAAGUGUCCUAAUUCAGUUAGUGAUUUCAGACCUAUUGCAUGUUGUAAUGUUAUCUACAAAGUUGCUACUAAGCUAAUUUGUUCCAGAUUGAAAGUCAUCUUGCCUGAGCUUAUAGCGCAGAUUUAG